GGAGGAGUAUUCACCCUACAGAAAGAGCAAAGCUCUUUCCCAUCAACUGAGCCUGAAAGAGAACGUGCUCCCGACCAGAGGAACACAAAGGGAGACCAGGGAAGUGUUGUGUCAUGUGUACAUGAGCAUGGACUCAUAUCUGAGUGUGAGGAGCCUGGCCAGUGUUGUGGCCCAGGGGCUGCUGCAGGAGGUGGCUGAGAGACUGGAUGUCCCCCUGGAGGAGCUGGUCCUGCUGGCUGUGACCUACCGUGGAGAGAAACUGCUGCUGAAGCCUCAGGACAGGCUCUAUUCUGAUUCGCUGACAGCAGUGGGGAGGCUGCACGUGUGCAGAAAGGACCUGAGUGAAGUCAUGAGCCCGUUCACAGACAACGCAGAGCUACAACAGAGGUCAGCUCGCAUGCUGAGUAUGAACACAUGGGACGUGGCUGUCACCCUUACAAACUUUGACUGGAGUGUCUUCAACUCAAUACAUGAGCAAGAGCUGGUGUACUUCACGUUCAGCCGUCAUGCCAGCAGUGGCCACACGGUGGCGCUGGAGCUGCUGCUGCAGCGCUGCAAUGAGGUACAGCUGUGGGUGAUGACAGAAGUCCUGAUGUGUCCUACACUCUGCAACAGAGUCCAGCUCAUCAAGAAGUUCAUCAAAAUUGCUGCCCACUGUAAAGCCCAGAGGAACCUCAACUCUUUCUUUGCCAUCGUUAUGGGUCUGAACACCGCAGCAGUUAGCCGCCUCAGUCAGACCUGGGAG